UGCUUCACAUCUCACCCUAAUCUCUUACUCUUUGCUCUCUCUCUCUUAACAGAUUUCCUCUUUCCUCUUUAAGAAAAUGGGAACUGUUGUGUAUCAACAAGGGUUUCAGUCAUCUCAGCUUGAUGAGCCUAGGGCUUUAAGGCUUAGGCUAUCUUCACCAAACCCUCACUUCUCUCAACCCUUUGGUUUAGCUCUCAAGUCUCAUUUACUUGACUCCUCUAACGCAGAGGACACCCAAAACCGUAACGAUGACAAAACAGUUGCUUCCUCAGGCCCUGACUCGAGUUGCUGGAGCUUUCUCCAGUCUUUAUCCUCUGCCUCCUCCAACUCCUCCUCCUCUUCUCUCUCAAACACGAAGAGCUCUGAAAAAGAGAAGACUUAUGUCCAACGUCCGUCUUCUUGUGGAGCUCUAAGUAACGAGAGCUUAGCAUUGUGCACUGAGAAUCUCGGAAGCGAAACUGGCUCUGAUGUGACUGAUGUCGAAGAUCUGUUCUCGCUUUCUGUGUCUGACGUGCAAACCAAGAAACUCAGAGAGAUAACAACGGAGACAAAAACGUUAAAAAGUAGGAAAGAAAAUGUGAGCCCUAGUGAUCUCCCACCUCCGUUGACCAGUAUGAGAGGCUCUCAAUGCAUUCAAAUGAGACCACACCGUGAAGAUGGGAGAUUGGUCAUGACUGCCACAAAGGCACCGCCUCGUAACAGGUGCUUUCAAGCUGACCGAAGCAACGGUCGUCUCCGACUCUCUAUCAUGAAAGACUCUGAUGAGUUUGUAGAGAACAAAGAAGAGACGAUUGAGCCUGAAGAAACCGAAGAAUACGAGGAGGAAGAGGAUGAUGAUGAAGUGAUGGGCAUGGAGAAUGUUCAAAGAUCAAGAAGAUGUGUCAAAGGCGAUCGGAAAAACAGGGGAUUGCUAAAUUGGGAAUCUUUCUGCGUUGCUACUUCCUAAAAAUAUGAGAAUUUCUUAAUUUGCUCUGUUUUACAAUUUCACAAUUUUUCAAUGUAUUUUGUUUUAAUUUUUUUAAAGAAUAUUGACGUUUCCUACCUCGGGAAA